UGCGUUGAUGUGCAGCGCCUUUGGGAACUCCCUUAGCUUCCUCUGGAAUCAGGGAAAGCAUUGCAGCCUGAGGAUUUUCACUUGUUCCAGGAGGCCAGCAAAAUGAGAAGAGCAUUUUGUGGCCGUGUCAGAGCUCCUGCGAGAUUGCCAGUGUGGCACGAGACACAGCAACGACCACUUUAUUCCUGCAGGUGUGGAUGAGGAAGGACGUGCAAACGCCGAGCAAGUUAAAGAUGCACAGAAGUUGUACCUGGAACUUGCCUCAUCUGUCCCGGUUUCCCUGUUGCUAACAAUGAUUCUGUGCUGCAUUCUUUUCUGGUGGUGCAGGAAGAGAAAGCAGCGCCUCGCUGCAGCUGAUGGAGCGCGGGACGAUAGCAGCAGCUACAGCUCACCGUCAGAGGAGGAGUCUGCUGACCUCGAGUGGCCCGACAGACAGACAAACCACCAACCAUCUGUGUGGGAACAACCUGCCCACCAGCCACAGGGCACCAGCAGAGCAGCCCCUGCCAGGCUGGACAGCAGCCGGGCUCAGCUACCCCUGCCUCGACCCCCGCGGCCCCCCAGCCCAGGCUCGGCAUCGCGGGGGAUCAGCAACAGGCCCAGCAGCCCCUGGCCCCAGUGGGCAUCAACACCGCCCCCUCAUCCUCCUCCGCCAUCCUUCAAGGGACAGAAGGAACCAGCCGGGGGUGGAGGCUUGCGGUCAUCGGCCAGCACCGAACCGAUUGCUCCCCAGCAGAUGAGCAACAGGCCCAGCAGCCCCCAGCCACAGCGGGCAUCAACGCCGCCCCCCCGUCCCCCACCACCAUCCUUCAGGGAACGGGAGCGGUCUCCUCAGCAUGUCGGCUCGGGGGCAUCGUCCAGCACCUGGAUAACCACUGCCUUGGGGGAGCCUGAGAGACCCAGCAGCCCCCAGCCCCCCCCGGCACCACCUCUGCCCCCCUCCUCCUCUCCACCAUCCUUUAGGAGGUGGGAGCAGCGCCCCCAGGGUGUCAGCUCAGGGGCAUCAUCACACCCCUGGAAAACCACUGCCAGGGGGAAACAGACCAGGCCUGGCAGCCCCCAGCGCCGCCUCUGCCAUCCCCGUUCCCUCCAUCACCUGUCAGGGAAUGGAAGCGAUCCGCACAGAGUGCUGACUCGAGGAAACUGUCCGACAGGACAGCCGCUGCCAGGGGGAAGCAGGACCUGCCCAGCAGCCCCCGGCCUCCCCGGGCGCCGUCACCAGCCUCCCGUUCCCCUUCAUGAUCCUUCAGGGGACAGGAGUGGCCCCCCCAGGCCUCCCCGCUGCCCUCCCCCUCCUCUCCACCAUCCUUUAGGAGAUGGGAGCAGCCCCCCCAGGGUCUUGGCCUGGGGGAAUUAUCCAGAAGACCGACAACUGUGGCCUGGAGGAAGCGUGAGCAGUUCAGCAGCCCACAGCCGCCCCGAGCACCAUCCUCUCCCUCCCCUCAAGCAUCUUUCCGGCGGUGGGAGUGGCCCCCCCAGGGCAUCAGCUCAGGGGCUUCAUUAGAUAAGUGGAAGACCACUGCCAGGGGGAAGCAGACCUGGGCCAGCAGCCCCCAGCACCCCCCAGCACUACAUCUGCCCUUCCGCUCCCCUCCACUCUCCAUCGGGAGGUGAGAGCACCCCCAGCAUGCGGGUUUGUGACACCGUCGGACAUCCGCAGAACCGCUGGUGUCAUGUACCUGAGAUUACCAAUAAACAAAAUAACAUCACA